AUGGAACCGCCCAGCAAGAAAAGGCCUCGGCGGAAUGAUGAUCGAAUCAUCUUACAAUUCGACUAUGAUUGUUUCUACGCGCAGGUCUUUGAGAACAAGAAACCAGAGCUCAAAAAACUGCCAUUGGGUGUCAAGCAGAAGAAUUGCCUAGCAACAUGCAACUACAACGCCCGUGCCCGUGGUCUCACAAAACUUAUGUCCGUCUCUGAAGCGAGACGCAAGUGCCCGGAGCUCGUCCUUGUAGACGGUGAGGAUCUCACACCUUUUCGUGACAUGAGCAAAAUCCUCUUCAACUUCUUCAAGAGUUUUUCUUGGAAUCAUAAGGCCGAGCGUCUGGGAUUUGAUGAGGUGUUUAUGGCGACUACCGAAGAUGAGGUGAUAGCUUUUGUAGACACUCACAAGCUACGAAGGAUACCUGGGCUAGGAUCCAAGACUGUUCAGGCGCUAGGAACCCGUGUUGGAGCUGACAUGAGUAAGGGCGUAUCCGAAAUCCCUGAGUUAAGUGACAAUCCUGUCACUGUUGCCGAUAUUCGACUCCAUCCUGACAUCUCGCCCGCGACUAUAGAGACUCUGUUAAUGGGACCCGGAGCAGAGAAAGGGGUAGGUGUGCGGAUCUGGGGCUUGCUGCACGGAGUUGACGCAACCGAGGUCAAGGAAGCCAGUGAUGUGCCGAGUCAGAUUAGUAUCGAGGAUACGUACAAGGGCUUAGAUACCAUGGCACAGAUUACAGAAGAACUGCACAAGCUCUCUUGUUCUCUUCUUCGAAGAAUGAGGAUAGACCUCCUUGUGGUUGAUACUGGGGCAGACGCUCCAGGAGCACAAAAAUGGAUUGCGCGACCCAAGACCUUGCGCUUGUCACUGAGGUCCUGGGCAUAUCUACACUCAGCCCAAGGGCAGGCGUAUGGUCGGGUUUCCCGCUCAGGACCAUUACCAAACUAUGUAUUUGACUUCAAGGAUGACAUAGAACAUAUCGCAGAGAGGCUCGUCUCCGAUACUCUGCUACCACUGCUACGCCGCCUAUCGCCCGAAAAGGGGCAACGGUGGAACUUGCAGAUGCUCAACAUCUGUGUGGCAAAUAUGGUAGUUGGUGCAGCGGAUGACAAGAUGGGAGCAGGCAGGGACAUUUCUGUCAUGUUUAAACGUCAAGAUGAAGUGCUUAGGCCCUUCCAGUUGAAGGAAGAGCAAGACGUCGCACAAGAUGAUGAACCUAGACACCAUGUGUCAGAAGAUGAGGAUGAGGAUGGAGGGGACGAUGAUGAUGAUUGGGACAUGGAAGACAACAUCUCAUGUCCUCUUUGCGGAAAUCGUAUCCCGCUAUUUGCUGUACCGGCACAUCAAAGAUAUCAUGAAAUGGAAGGAUGA